UCAUGUCUUCAGAUUAUGUAUAUAAUUCCAAAUUUCAUUUUAGUUAACGGUAAAAGAAGUCAUUCUCUAAAUGUUGGCAAGUCCUACAUGGUAAAAUCAAUAUAAUUCAUUUGUUGAUGAGUACUGCAUUUAUUUUGAUGAUGAUGAAGAAAAUUCAAUACAACAAAAUAAUAUAUUCAAGCAAUUUCAAACUGAAAUGGCAGUUGUCUAUGACUCCUUUUUCAGUUCAUUAGGCUUAGAUAAUUCUGAUGAAUUACAAAUUUAGGUAAAUAUUGUAAUCCUCUUUAUAAAGGUUAUCAAACAAAUACUUAAUAGUGAUGGUGAAGAAGAAAUUGAUGUACAAUAAUUGUUAGCCUUGGGAGAUUUUUAAGUUUUCAAAGCAGAAAUGUCCUAUUAAAAUAAACGCAGAGAAAUUGCAGCCUAUCAAUAAUUAGUAGAUGAUGAAGAAGAAGAAGAAGAUGAUGAAGAAGAAUAAGAAGUUGAACAAAAUCCUUUAGCAGAAUAAGCCCAAAAAAUGCUCAUUCUAAAAAUCAAAUUGGAGUAUGAAUAACUAUAAGAAGUACUUGAAUUAAAAUAGGCUAUGUAAAUAUCUCUAGAUACUCCCAGUAUAUCUAUUUAUCAAUAACGUUAGACUAAAAGAAACUAGAAUUAAUUUCAUAAUUACUCGAAGUAGUUUAAGCUAGGUUGUAAAUUCUCGAAAAAGAAGAAGAAGGAAUGCAAUAAAAAUAAUAAAUGACUUAAGAUAAUGAUAGAAAAGCUAAAUUACUUGCUCAACUCAAUGACCUACCCUUAAUUGAUUUAUAGAAAGAGCAAGAAAUAUUCACAAAAAUAUAAAUAGAUGUUGAUAAAAUAUGAU